AUGAGAACAUUUAAAGAAAACAAAAAGGUGGUAGAGGCUGUUUGCACGCUUAUAUUGAUUUGCAUUUUGGUGGGGCUGGCCAUAUACUACAACGACAACGGCCUGCGGUGGUAUUCUGGCACCGAUCCGGAGAACAGAAGAGUUUUCAAGAUUGUGCAAGGGAACAGAGCGUGGACUUUCAACAAAAUUAUAGAGGAGAAAGGCAUCAACGAGGAACAGAUAUGCAGGUGUCUAAGCGACGGCUCGGUUGUUCACGAAGAGAUGGUCCAAAAGAUAGUGCAUGCAUGCCUGGACAAGAAGGCAAACCGAUGGUUCUACUUGGAGGACAAAAUAAAGCAAGUGAAGGACAAGCAGAGACUGAACAUGCUUCUGGAGGAAAAGCAAGGGCGCGAGUUUAUGGAUGUUUUGAAUGUGUUGCUUUAUAAUAAGAUGUCGAAGGUAGAGGAAAUGUUAAAAGAGGCAAAAAAAUAA